GGGGAACCAAAAAGGUUUCAAUCUUAAGCAAGUGGGAUUUAUCUUAUGCCAUCCUUUAGUGGCAACUAAUUUUGAGGAAAUCACCUGUCAUUACUCUUCUCUCUUUCCUUAUUUCUCUUCCUUUUCUUGGGCAGGUGUCCUUAUUUCUCUUCUUUAAAACAUUCUCUCCAGAAAAAACUAUAUCUCUCUCUCUCUCUCUCUUUCUUAAACUCUUCCUCUCUUUUCAUUAAGAUCAUUUUAUUUUAUCACAGAAUUCUGGUGAAAAGUUAAAACAGGACAUAUGUGGCAGAAGCAGCCCAGUAAAUCUUCCUACAGAGAAUCAAUCAAAACUCUUGAAGCUGAUAUACAACAUGCCAACAAUCUGGCAGCUUCUCUUCCAAGGGAUUAUUGCGGGGAUAGUGUUCAGAUGAGACUAUCUUUCAGCCCUUUGGCACCCUUCCUCAUAUAUUUGAUAGAAUGGAUGGAUUAUACUUGUACAGAUGCCCUCCCUAAUUUUUUGGGACUGCAUCACCUUUUAAUAUACAAGGUGUAUGUUGAUGGAAUGCCAACAAUGUCUUCCCAAGAAAAGAAGGCCUCUCUAAGGGAAUUCUAUGCUGUGAUAUACCCGUCAUUAAGGCAACUAGAAGGUAAUCUGAUUGAAUUGGAAGAAAGCAACAAAAAAACUAGGAUCUCAGAUAUUUUGAGCAGAAAGAGUUUCGAUGAGAAGAGGAAACUUCUUGAUAAGGAUUUAGAGAGGGAUGAUGAAUGCGGGAUUUGCAUGGAACCUGACACCAAGAUGGUAUUGCCUACCUGCGGACAUUCCUUGUGCAUCCGUUGCUUUCAUGAUUGGAAUGCAAGAUCACGGUCUUGCCCGUUUUGCCGGAGAAGCCUAAAGAGGGUCAAUUCUAAAGAUCUGUGGGUUCUCACAAACAACCAUGAAGUGGUUGACUCGAUCACUAUUGAAAGGGAGAAUCUGACCCGUUUCCACUUGUACAUCGAAAGCCUUCCUCUUGCGAUGCCCGAUACCCAUUUAUUCGUAUAUGAUUACAUGAUAUGAUACGAACUGCAGAAAGAAGGAAAUAUUGUACGCAAGUACACAAAAAUAGCCGACCACUGAUUGUAUAUAGUGUCUGGUAUCAUAUCUUCACCAGUGAUGGAUUGGUGGAUUAGCAACUGCAAACUUUGUUAUUGGAUGUUCUUGAUCGACUUUGGUAUUCUUCGGCUGUUUGUGUUUCUAAGGUCAUAGGAAGCUUUAGAAUCAAGUUGUUGAAGAUUAAAUGCAAAGAAUAAGAGCGCUUCUUGGUUGAGGCAUGUGUAACUUAAUGUAGAAGCAAGUUAAGGUAUGCUUGACAUCCGACUCUGGCAUUUUAGAAUCUGGGAAGGAAUUGUCAAGUUACUGUAUUGUGUAAUGUGUGGGUGUUACCCCUUAAUGAUUUGACGAAUUUUUUUGCGGGUUUCCCUGUACUAUGUUCUAAUGUCUAAUGUAACUGAAUUACAGUUGAGUAGUUAUUAUUUCCUAAGUACCUUAACGCUGAUAGGAUUUUUUCUAUGUAAUUUUUUUUAGUAC